AUGGAGUCAGAUACCAACAAGACGGAGGUAGAAGUUCCUAACCCAUUGCCAGCUGAUCUAGUUGAAGCCGCCGAGAUCUUGUUGGUACUGGUCAACAAACGUGUAACCGAUGAGGAGGCUGUUUGGAUCGAGGAAGUACGCCAAAGACCAGAGGUCCCUCCAUCUGAUGAUGAAGACGACGCAGUUAGCUCUGAUGCAACUAUUGAUUAUCGCGAAUCACCUACGCCAGAGCCAACACCACCAAACCCUACUAAACCACUAUCGCCCCCUGAAACGCUUACCGAAUCGGAUGACUCAAAGAGCAGGUCCAGUCAAGAAGCUGUCUCUCGACCACUCAAGCACGGUGUUGCCAAAAGGAAGCGGGGAGCCGAGAAUGCCAAUAGUAGCACUGCUACACCUCUCGCUAAAAAGCCCCGCCAAAGAGCAAACAAGAGCUCUGCCAAAAAGCAAAAGUCUGCUGCAGCCAAGGUCCCAAUGACUGCAGAGGAGAGAAAGGCAGCUAGAGAAGCCAAGGCUGAGGAAGAGCGCCAAAUUUACCGGCAAAAGGCGUACAAGCCUCGUGCCAGAAAGGAGCUCGACGUUAAAUUUGAUGCAAUCGGUGUUCCACUAGCAGCCGAGGGAAUCCCAGCUGAGUUGGCCGUUGUCGAGAAAAAACCUCGCGCUGCUCGCAUCAAAUCAAAGCAAACACAAUCUCAACCAUAG